GAAGGCGGAAGGGAAGGAGCUGAGGGGGUGUGGGGGGAAGGGGGGGGGAGGCGGCGGCGGCCAUGGACGACCAGGGCUGCCCGCGGUGUAAAACCACCAAGUACCGCAACCCGUCCCUCAAGCUCAUGGUCAACGUCUGCGGACACACGCUAUGCGAGAGCUGCGUGGAGCUGCUGUUUGUCAGAGGGGCUGGGAACUGCCACGAGUGCGACACCCCCCUGCGGAAAAGCAACUUCAGGGUACAGCUCUUUGAGGAUCCGGCUGUUGACAAGGAGGUGGAAAUCCGGAAGAAGGUGCUGAAAAUAUACAAUAAAAGAGAGGAUGACUUUCCCAGUCUAAGUGAAUAUAAUGAUUUCCUGGAAGAAAUAGAAGAAAUUGUAUUUAACUUGACUAACAAUGUGGAUUUGGAGAACACCAAAAAGAAAAUGGAGCUGUACCAAAAGGAUAACAAAGAAGUCAUUCAGAAAAACAAGAUAAAACUGACGCGGGAGCAGGAAGAGCUGGAGGAAGCUUUAGAGGUGGAACGACAAGAAAAUGAACAAAGGCGACUGCUUGUACAGAAAGAAGAACAACUACAACAGAUGAUAAAAAGGAAGAAUAAACAGGCACUCUUGGAUGAACUGGAGAGCUCCAGCCUUCCUGCUUCGCUGCUUUUAGCUCAGCAUAAGGACAGAUCUACUCAGCUAGAAAUGCAACUGGAAAAACCCAAACCUGUCAAACCAGUCACGUUUUCCACUGGCAUCAAAAUGGGUCAGCAUAUUUCGUUAGCUCCCAUCCAAAAGCUAGAGGAAGCUUUGUACGAGUAUCAGCCUCUGCAAGUGGAGACAUAUGGACCACAAGUUCCAGAGCUGGAAAUGCUGGGAAGGCUGGGAGCCAGAUUCAGCCUUCACCACCUGUUUGGAUGGAGCACAGCUGUGAGGGACCUCCGGGGCGAUGGGAGCCUUGGGGCCCUCUCAGCCUUAUCGCAAGUGAAACAGCUUGAGGGGAGGAAGAUGGCUUGUACCAGGAGAGUUCCCAGCCUCUGUCCCUUUGUGCGUGGCCCCGUAAGGUGGUGAAAGAGUUAAGAGCAGCUGGGUGGCUGUGGCGGCGAGGGGAGGCAUUCGGUGAGGGGAGGCACGCGGUGCCCAGCGGAAGAGUUCUGCCGAGUCCUGAGGCUGUUUGCAAUUCCAACACAAACACAUCGACGCUGUGGGUUCCCAGCUGGUACGACUCUAACCCUAUUCCAUUGGGUGUCUGAAAUACCUUAGACCAUGCAAGGCUAUUCAUUUAUAUAUAUAUUUGUGUUUCUGUGUUUAUAUGAACUCAUGCGCAUUUCCUGUUGAUGAAUGCUUAACUAAUGUGCUUUGGUCCCUGGUUUGGGGUUUUUGCAGGCAGCUGCAUACAGCUGCCUGAGAGAGGCAGAAGAGCUGGGCACAACGUUAACCACUCCCGCUAGAUUUUUAGUUUCCUCUUACUUUGGACUCAUAAAGACAGGUUAAAUCUAAAAGACUUUGUAGUUUUCAUUCCUUCUUCUUCAUCAUCCCCACUUCCAUCAUCUUUCUGUAAGAAAGGAAGAAGUUUUCCACAGUCCCUCCAAAUUUGUGAGAUUUUGCUCAGUUUGACCAUGCUGUCAUUAGUUGUAAAGUACAGCAACAUUUCGUGUUCUUGUUACCAGUUUUGCAGAGGCAAGUUUGGCCAUUUAUUACUGCUAAAUAGUUCCCUCAAAUGCGCAGGCUGCUAUCAUCUGAGCUUCUGGAGCCAGACUGUUGCAAAGACAAUGCCAACCUGGAGACUUUCAGUAAUCUGGAGACUUUGAAUUCUCAUCUGGCAACAUAAUUUAUUGACAUUUUUGGUAAGAUACAGUUUAUCUUCAAAACACCCAACAGAAUGAGCUUUUUGAAUAUUCAGACCUUAACCUCUUACCUUCUGCAAGACUUACUUUAGGUUGCAGCAUGAGCGUUGCUAUUCCUUUCUUGGUAAACUGCUGCAACGGAGGAGACAGCUGGCAAGAGCAAGAAAAAGGGUGAAUCUUUAGGGGAUCAUCAAGAACAUUUGCUAGGAUUUUUUUUAAUUAAAAAACUAGCUUUA